AUGUAGAUAUGUUCGGAAGAAUUUCUUGAAGAAAAACAAAGUCUGUCAUUCUGUAGACAAAGUGCUUGGGAAACAAAUUCAAUGUCUUUGAAAGCACAUCGACGUCGAUCAAAACCUGCGAAUGACGUCGGACAAGCAUUUGAAGAAAGUGAAGAGAAAAAAGCGGAGAAGUGUCGUCUGAAUACACUGUUAGACAUGGAAAUUAUUGAUCUGGAGCAAAUUCAUGAACGAGCGUUUUUUACAAUGGACAAUGUAACUAUUGAACUCGUUCUAAAUAAAAACAUCUUGAGUUGGUCAAAAGUAAUUGUUGAUCCGUCUUCAGAAGGUAAUAAUCCUCAAGAGAGAACAUCGAGUUCAAGCGACAUUGAUUUCGUUGAUUUACACCUUGUUUAUGCUGUAUUACCUGUACACUAUCGAAGGAGUUGGUUAUUAAAUGACAGAGAUAACCAAUCGACAGGAAACACAUCGAGUGUCUCACCAACAUCUUUACGUGGAUUUGAAUUGUACUCUUAUGAGAAAACGGAGGAUAGUAGUCUACAAGAGAUUCGCAUCUCUUUUCAAAGUAAUCUACCAAGUCAAAUACAUCAAUGGUAUCGACUUCUUUCGAAAAUCAUCUCGAAAUACAAACCGGUACAAAAUAUACUCGUCAUCUGUAAUCCAUAUUCCGGUUCAAGGUAUAGUCGACAAGUAUACGAUUCGAAGAUUCGACCUAUACUCGAUAGAACGCAGCAUAACAUUAUCUAUUCGGAAAUUAGUGAAGCGUGCUCAGUUAAUGAUAUAUUAACUAAUCUAAAAGAUGCUUUCAAGGCACUAAAUAGUUUAAUAAUAAUUGGCGGAGAUGGUACAGUAGUUAACGUACUUAACGGAUUACUUCACUAUUUAACACAAGAAAAUCGAACCAGACUAGACAAAGAUCAAGAUUUACCACCCAUUCCAUUUCCAUUGUGUAUCAUUCCGACUGGAACGACAAACGUUAUCGGUCAUUCAAUUUUUGGAACGUUGGAUAGCUGUACCCCGAUUCUUCAUUUACUCUUUAAUCAACAAAUGAGAAUUGAUAUGUCAGCAAUAUUUGAUACCAAUUCUGAAUUUGUGACAGUUAAUUUUGGUUCUGCGGCAGGUUAUGCAGCAAAUGCGCUGAAGUAUUUUACACAGCCUAUCGAUGUUCUAAUUCGCUACAUUCCUGCAGAACAAGAAACUACCGAUACGACGCGUUGUUUUCAAGGCUGUCCCAAAUGUAUGCCAACCGACAGUGGAAACACAAUUGACGAAGUCAAGACUUUUCAUGAUACUGAUGUGAAAACAAGUGACACCUACACGAAAUCUUUGAAUAAAACGUCUUCUUUACGUAAGAAAACGCGUCCUCAAGAUACACACGAUCAGCCAUGGAAAACUCUGGAGAAUAGAUAUCUACAUGUUGCUGUAUUAACCAAUGCUGGUCUGUGGUCUCUAGCACCUCAAGGUCUAUCGAAGUUCGGUCACUUAGCUGAUGGCUUAUUGGAUCUGUUACUAAUUGAAGAAACGCCAAGAAGAGAAUUUGUACGCUCGAUUAAACGUAAUGGCAAUUCGAAAAAUCAAUACGACUUUCCAUUCGCAAAUCUGAUUAAAGUGAAAGAGAUCGAAAUCGAGCUGAAACUUUCUGCUUUGAGCGCGUCUGAUGGAACUCUGGAUUGUGAUGAUCAGUGCACUGCUGCAUUAUCCGAUGAUUCAUCCGACGAAAGUGAAGAAUCAAAUAAUGGAAAAGAAUUAUCUCCAGCAAAAAAGUAUGAGCCACGCCCAUCGAAUGCAUCAAUAUCUGGUGAUAAUCAACUUCACCGUCGCAGUUAUUAUCACCAAAUUUAUGACGAGACACAGAUACCAUCAACUCGAUCAAAUGUUGAAGAUCGAUGUUUACCAAGCGGAGUCGAGAGUGCGCAAACGAACUCAACGAAAACUAAAUUAACGUUUCGUCGAAAAUCAAUCUUUCAAUCGUUGAAGUGGAGCACAACAAAAAUUUCUCUACCACGCCAAGCCAGUGUAGACAGCAAUACAUCUGAACGAAGGAAAAAUUAUCAACGAUCAGUUAGUAAAAUUUUCGAUCCCACGAAAUCAUUUUUCAAUCUGAUAAUCGGUGGAAACUCGUCAGCAACUAACAAACAAGAUUUACCAUCUAGUCCAGUAGAUCGAAGAAGAUCAUCUGUAAUCAGACGACUCUCGUGUGUAGAUUAUACUCGAAGAUCCACAUUAAGCAGAAUUCAAUAUCGAAAGAGGAAACAACCCUGUUUAUGGAAUCUCGACUUCACUCCUUACAAUUCUCCGUUAAUCCGAAUUAAAUGUUUUCCUCGAUUCCUACCAGUUUUUGGUCUUGGUCCAAAUCCGAGUGCAUCCGUGAAAGACAUCAGCUAUUCGUGUUUUGGACGUAUCGGUUAA